AUGCUGACAGGGAUUCAACGAUUUGACAAAACGUCUGUUGGGAAACUAGUGUCCGGUGAACAGACUGCAUCCGUGGACAGCUGGAUGAUUAAUUGUUGGGUGGUGCAGGCCAUGUUUCUCUUGCAGGCUCUGCUGGGAUCACUGUGCCUGGCAGAGCAGUGCUCGUGGCAACUUCAGGUCCUGGAAACCGAGACUUUUCAGGUUGUGUCCAACACUCUGUGGAGGCAGCAGCAGGUGUACGGAAUUCAGAAAAUCAUGAAAUUGCUGGUUGAACAAGCUGUGGAUCCUCAGGAAAAUGAAGUGCAUGAUCUGAUAGGUGAACUCCGCCGUGCAGAGAUUGUUUCUGAAUGCUGGUUUUCAAUGAUUGCCUGCUAUGAUGGUACCAUCCCCUGGUGGUUAAUAAGAGUAUCUUCAAGGAGGAUAUACUUUGGCUUCCCCUACUACCUGAAAGUCAUCCUGUCCUGCUCUACUAAGGUGGCCUCAGAGUAUGUUGCCCGCCAGGCAUUCCUGACUGGGAUGAGCCCUAAUGUGACUAUGAUUGCUAAAGAACCUGUCAAUCCGGCCAGUGGAAUUCACAUGAGCCUGGAACUGACAUUGGGUGCUGCUGCCUUGCGGGAUGACACACCUGCCUGUUCCAGUGAGAUGUGCUUACUUGGCUGGUAUUUCCCCUUGCCUUUCGUCAAUGGCUCAGUAGUGUAUCUGUUUAUAAUUCAAAGUAAUGGCUUUGGUCUAGACAUCAUGGACAGCAUGCAUACACUGAAUAUAAAUGGGUACAUAGUUCCAUCCCUUACCCCAAACAGAGAGCCAGAAGUGGUGCUAGGAGUCAAGGUCUCAAGCCUUCGCUCAAUGUUAAACACUGGUGACCCCUCCCGGCCUCUCUUGUUUGUCCAAGAAGUCUCACCUGUAUUGAUUUUGGGUGGAGUGAUCAACGUCAAGGCUAUAAUUAUGACAUCCACAGAGUACAGCUCAUACUUCCUAAUCGGGAUUACCCCUGAUAGCUGCUGGCCAGUGUUCAGUAUCUGCCCAUAUGAGUCAUCCUCUGACACCAUCACUUACGCUGUUGCAACUGAAAGCACACUCUUCAUUAGAAUCAACUGGAUGCUCUACACGUUCACUGGGAACUUCUCACUUCUGCCACUAGCUGUUGAGCCUUCUGCAUCUUGGACAUGUGUGUUGAAGAAUGUGUGUGUCAAGAAAAUAGUGCCUGUUCCCUGGGCCUAUCAGCAGGUAGAACACCUUUACAUUAUUGGAGGUGGUCAGCACCGGGAUCGAAUUUAUAAGGCAGCAAUCAAGGAUGGCAAAGUAGAAAUUGUCCAGUUGGUCAGAGAUGGGAAAGGACCCUGUGACCUCAUCCGCCGUGAGGCUCUUGACAGCUGCGAAGUGUUAUGGGCAACGCAGGACUUUGAUUUUCGGGUUACAGAUAUUGUGCUUGUCAAGAGGAGUCCCAAGGGCAAUUCACCACCAGACUUCUUUCUUGUAUACCUUGAUGAUGUGCUGGAGAACUUUGCACCUCUUCCAGGACUGAAGGAUGACCUUCAGCGACCAGUGGUCCUGAGUGGACUGAUUCUCAGUCCACUUAGCCAGCAGGAGUUCCUAUGGGGCAAUACCCUUCUUUCCUCGUUCGACCAUGGAGAUACUUUUGUGCUCUUCCCAGGUCUUCCAAAGGACAUUGUCAUCAAGUACUUUACUCUUUCCUCUUAUGGAGAGUUUACAUUUGUCACACAAGAUGAACAGAUUUGGUGGGGUAAAGAAAGGCAGUCCCUUCUUAUCCAGCUUCGUCCCUCAAAGGCCUGGAAUAUUUUCAACAGCUUAUGGUUUUUACAACAUAAAGAUGCACAGGGUAUAAAAGACUAUUCCAUGGUCACCCUGUUUUAUGAUUUAAACAAAGAUCUACAAGAGCUUCUAUACAUGGUGGACAGUAGUGGCGAGGGCUUCCUAGUGAAGAGAAAGUUACCUGUUGCUGAAAUUCUCUCUUAUAGAGACUUUUAUACAAUGUGGAAAAGUAGUACUGAUAGCACUAUCCAGUAUAAAUAUUCCUGUCCUUUUUCCCGAAUACUCUAUCAAAGCACACCAAGCCAGGAGUCCUACAGUCGCAUCAUGUACUACCAUGCUGAGCCUCCUGUUUCCUUGGCACAGUCUGGAUUUCAUUCUUUUAAUUCAAUUGUUGUUUACCAGGGCCUUGCCUACCAUCUAAUGCGGCUGCACACAGACUACAGCAUGCGGCUGUAUGCAGACCCUGUAAAUGAUCCUACAUAUCGCUGGUGGUUAAAGACGGCCGAGUAUAAGGAUUUCUAUAGAUACUUAGCUGGGCAUCGUAUGUACAAUAAAGAGAUAUAUGUGGACAUGGACAGCUAUGGAAAAGAUUCUGUUGCCAUCCUGGAGAGUGAAGUGCCAAGUGCUAUCUAUUUGGACAAGGGAGGCUCCUAUGAUUUUGCUCUUCAGCUGCAAGUGACUGGUGACUUUGAGCAGGAAGAUGCCGAAGUCACAAUGCUGAAGUUAUUUGAACUUGGGAUUUCAGCAACUGUCAGCAAACAAAGUGCCGUAAUUAUCAACAUGACUACUACAGUGAAUGUGGGCAGCAGGAGUAUGACAUACAAGGUAAAAAGCAAAGUGGCAACUAUGGAUAAACUGAGAAUGACAAGAAAACGCAAGAUCAGGAUCUCAGAUGGUGGAAUCAAUACAGAGCAUGCUGGACCAGGAAACAGUCUCAUACAGACCAUGCUGGUGCUGAGGGUGAACAUUUUUGAACAGCUUUGCUUUCAAGACACCAGGUCUGGUAUUGCGUUGAAGAACCAAAUAUCCGUUCCCUUGUAUGUGGGUUGCCGUCCAGAUCAUAGACUGGUAUUUGACUUUGAGCGCACUGUCCAGUACAUGGAAGAGAACAAGAAGAAGCACCGGGAUUGCCCUAUUGUAACCCCUCUGAAGCCAUGCUUUUAUUUUAAGGAUGACUUUUGGCCUUUCUUCAUUGUGCAGGACACAGUGCUCAGCCGUUCAGAUCCCUAUUUAGGCAGUUACACAUUUAAAGUGAUUGGCGGAGGACCUCAUCAUGAGGAGAACAUUGUAUACUAUGAUCUUGAACAUAUAAAGCUAUAUAACACUGACAGUGGAGGUGCUCAGCAAGCUGUCAUUUGGGAAACACCGCUAAGCCCUGAAGAAAUCAACACAACUGAUGAUGGAUUUGUCAUUUUUAAGGACACUGUCAACACUGUGAGGUGGCUGUGCCAGCCUCACUCGCCAUGUGGGGAUAUUGUUCCAACAGGAACAGAACCACUGGAGUUUUUGUUUGUCAUUGAAGUGUCAACUAGAGGCUUUGACAACACCAGCUACUGUGAGCACACCUUACAUUUUGUGUUGUACCUUCAUGGGAUCCCCAUAUCAGAGAACUUUCUUUUCAGUGUGGCGAAUAUGGUACAUAUAGUCAUGUGGACCUCUGUCGUCAUAUCCUAUUUACAUGAAUUGUUUGGACCAAUGCUGUACCCCAAAAUUGUACGUCAGUUUAACAGAAUUUUCAGAAGGCUGAGGCAAUACUGCUUGACACUUCACCAUUGA